AGUAUUUGUUUGUGUGUGUGCGUUUUGUGCUUUACGUCGGUCGUCUCCUCGUCGGCGUCGUCGCCGUCGAACCGCGAUAACCACGGCUGGCCGCGGUCGCGCUCGCCGUUGGAUUUACCCACGAACAUGAAAACGUCUCUCGACAAUUGUUGUCCGCAUUUGUUAAAGAAUGUACCUAUUCACGAAGUGAACCAAUAUAAUUUCAGGAUAUAACUGAAUUUUUCGGCCUGCAGUGGUGGGGGGCGUGUAGAGGGGAUGAACUGAGGUUUUACGCUGAAAUUACAACUCAGUCGGCUUUGAACCGCACGUUGGGACGUCGAUCCCGCGCACACAAAAGCUCUUAACAUUUGUCACAUCACUUCAGAGCGCCUGUUUUCAUUCGCCAGUCUUGGGUUUAUGGAAAAGUUCGACACGUGCGUGCGUCCGUGCGGUGGAAAAAGCUGUGCGAACAUUUUCCGCGCUCGCGCUACUUCGUCGCAUCGCUUCGCGGCAAACAGCGAUGUUCUUCUACUUGGAUGGACUUUGAAACGAAAUUUUCCUAUUUAAAAUAACACCUCUGCGUGUUUCGUUGUGCCGCAGCAGCAGUUACCAUCUUAAUGGUAUCGAAAGCAAACAAUUUUUUUAAGGACAAUAAAUCGAUUAAGUUUUCCCGAACUUUAUUCGGUCGUAAACGAUAUAGUUUGUGAUUGUUAAAUUGACAACAACAUUUGUAAUAUAAUUUAGCAACAAUCGAAUGGUUUUUAUGUGUUACUUACCAAAAUAUUAAAUAAUAAACCGAGUGACUUGUUCUAUUCAUCAAAAAAAUACCUACAUAAUUAAUUUUGUUUGUGUGUGAGUUUUGUGGAUGACAUUUUAUUGUUUUUGUGGACUUAGGGGAUGAAAUUUGUACCCCGCGAUAUCAGCCAAUUGCUCACCUAAGGAAUGACUGAAUGUUGGCCACAAUGGCAACUGUGACUUCCGGGCUCUUAUCACCUAAUUCUUAUGGGUUGAAUCAAGAUCAGGUAGCAGCCAAGAUGGCUGCCGAGUCCCGGGAGCCUGAUUUCGACCAUUAUCAUCACCGUUCGUCGAUGUUCCGCGCUUCAAAUCCGCCGCCCUUGGCUUCUAGCGAUUCCGAACCGGAGAUGUUUCCGUCGUCGACAAACUCCUCGAAAACGUCGGAACCGAAGCGGAACAAGCGGAAAAACUUUAAACCGCGUUGCUCAAACGUUUCGUAUUCGGACACGGAAAAUAACGAAGCCCUCAAUCUGUCCGAGCUCUCGAACAACAACAAUUUGAAGAAUGUGAGACGCAGAAAAACACUGUCCACGAGGAAGAUCGUCGUCGAUACCCGUUUCUCACCCAUGGAUCUCAGUAAGUCGCAGAACGAUACCGACAGCAGCUCGGACGAUUCGGAAACGUCCGUGAACGACGCGGUCGAAAAUUAUUUCACGGAAAACGACGGCGAUAAUGCGGAAAACGAGGAGGAGUCGUACGGAAGCGAGAGGGAGACCGAAAGUCGGAUACCGUCCAGUUUUUCUAUUCACAAUCUCUCGAAACCUCACGUGUCGGAAGUGGGACUCAGUCAGGGACAGGUCAGCGAUAUGAGGGAGUACGCGUUCAACACCAUGAGGGAACUACUGGGCAUCUACGGACUCACGUCCGAGGUUGCGGAAUCCAUUUCACGACAGUUGCCUAUUGCGGCGUUUAGUAGUGGUAAAAUCCUAGAAAAUUUGACGCUGAAUCCGCCGCGCAAACUAAACCAAAGUCCGCCUUCGCAGCCGCCGACUCCGCCCAGUACGCCACUGUCACCGAAGGCUCAUGAUGUCCUAAACACCAAGUAUACCUCAUCGUCCGUACCUUUUCUACCUAACCUAACGAUAACUCAAACGUCUAGUCCUAGUAUACCUCACAACUCUAACCAGAGCUGUCAGAGAGGUCCGCUGGACCUCGAUACGAAAAAACGCAAGAUCUCAUCCCACUACACGAACGGCACUGCGCUCAAUUUUUCGCACAUAGACGUCGAAAGUAUGCGGAUCAAGGGCGGCUCGGAAAGCAAUUCGGGUGACCCAAAAUUGAUUGGACAUUCCAGCCAACACAGUCCUGGGGUAUGUUUAAAAACUGCUUCUCAUUAA